CAGGUAGGAACCGAACAAGACGUGACCAGUUUAAAGUAUCAGCAUACUCAGACCCAUCUUGAGGAAUUUCCCCGGAACCUGUGAAUGAGUUAAACUGCAAACUCAACAGAGACGCUGAAGUGAAAGUAAAAGUGAAAGGUUUCCUAGUUCAGACUGACCGUUUGUCUCGGUGUGAACUUGUAUAGUAAACAUGAGCUCUAAACUGUUUAGCAGCGUUCUGCUGGAGAUUUCUAACCAGCUGUCACCCAAGGAGCUGGAAGACCUCAAGUUUCUGUGUCGGGACCUCGGUAAGAAAAUCCUGGAGGACAUCACCAGCGGGACAGGACUGUUCCAGGUCCUGACGGAGAGAAGCCAACUGGGAGCCGACAACAUUGACUAUCUGUCCGGACUCCUCUUAGACAUCAACCGACUUGACCUCUCCAACAAGUUAAACGAUUAUAGUCAGUCUGGAUUUACCGACAACAACCAACCGGACCAGGAGGAGAGAGACAAACUGGACAUUGCCACAGACGUGAUCGCUGGGAGGCUGGGAACAAGGGAUUGGCGUAAACUGGGCCGCAAACUGGGUUUGAACGAUGUCAAGCUGGAGUCCAUCUCGAAGAGGCAUCCCACCGAACAGGAGGAAACGACGAGGGCGAUGCUUAAGGAGUGGAGGAAGAGUCGAGAAGCCGAGGCCCGAACAGAGGAGCUGAUAGAAGCCCUGAGAGCCUGCAAUUUAAACGAGACGGCUGACAGAGUGGUGGAGAAACUCCCACCCCCCUGAUGUUGGCGGAGAUUUACAGACUGAGAUGAACUCUGGGAAUGAAAACAAGAGCUGUGAUUAACCUUCAAGGAAAGAAAUUAACUAUCAAGAAAGUUAUACGUACAUACAUACAUAAAAUUAUGACACUUCCUGAGUGUCAUAAAACAUGCUAA